UCAGAGCUGUGGGUGGGUGGGGCACCCUUCCUGCCCCCGCUACUUUCCUCCAGUUCUCUCCCCUUCUUGCUGCCACAUGAGAUUAGGUUGCCCACCUCUGGUUUAAAAACACCUCUGUUUUAAGCAUAGAUUGUUAUGUAGCAGAAUAUUAAAUCUGGAUGUAUCCAGGAGCCAAGGACAUUCUCCUUCCACCACUGCAGCUUCUCAUUCUGCUGCACACAAAUAGGGCAGGGGUCUCCCCCCCCCCAGAUCUUUCCCAUCAUCCUUACUGUCUUCUGGUAUUUUCAUUUUCUUCCCCAUCCCAACAUAAGACUAAGGUCAUAGUAACCUUUUUGUUGAUCAAAUAAUCCUGAUUUGUUUGAAUUAUGUUUGCCGGGAGGUUAGAUGUCAUGGAUAGUUUGUUUCAAUUACAAUUAUUUUGGUUGAUGGUGGCCAGAAAGGAAAGUUUUGUCCUUUCCAUCUGUUACAAAUUCUAGGCUUUUAAUGAUUUUACUCACUCCUUAUGCCUAUGCUGUUUUUGAGGUGUUUGAUACUUGACUCGUCUGUUGGCACUCCUUGUUUUGGGACAUCUUUGCUGUGAUGCACAACUGUGAUGCGGUUGGAGGAUGGAUGGCAGCUAACAGAUUGAGACUGAAUCCUGACAAGACAGAAGUACUGUUUGUGGGGGACAGGAGGUGGGCAGGUGUGGAGGACUCCCUGGUCCUAAACGGGGUAACUGUGCCCCUGAAAGACCAGGUGUGCAGCCUGGGAGUCAUUUUGGACUCACAGCUGUCCAUGGAGGCGCAGGUUAAUUCUGUGUCCAGGGCAGCUGUCUUUCAGCUCCAUCUGGUACGCAGGCUGAGACCUUACCUGCCCGCAGACUGUCUCACCAGAGUGGUACAUGCUCUGGUUAUCUCCCGCUUGGAUUACUGCAAUGCGCUCUACGUGGGGCUACCUUUGAAGGUGACCCGGAAACUACAACUAAUCCAGAAUGCGCCAGCUAGACUGGUGACUGGGAGCAGCCGCCGAGACCACAUAACACCGGUCCUGAAAGAUCUACAUUGGCUCCCAGUACGUUUCCGAGCACAAUUCAAAGUGUUGGUGCUGACCUUUAAAGCCAUAAACAGCCUCGGUCCAGUAUACCUGAAGGAGCAUCUCCACCCCCAUCAUUCUGCCCGGACACUGAGGUCCAGCGCCGAGGGCCUUCUGGCGGUUCCCUCACUGCGGGAAGCAAAGCUACAGGGAACCAGGCAGAGGGCCUUCUUGGUAGUGGCACCCGCCCUGUGGAACACCCUCCCAUCAGAGGUGUUGGUGGUUGACCUCUUAACUACAAUGGGAGACCAAAUACUGGAACCCUUCCUAGCCUCUUUGUUCAACAGCAUCCUGCAGCCCCUGCUGAAAUUCCUCCUGAAUGUCCUCUGCAGUAUCCGUAACCUCAGCUACCCUUUAUUGGACAUCCUGAAGGGCCUCUGUUUGCAAGUUGCUCUGGUGCUGAGAGCUUUCCGGUUGGUAGAAAUCAACCACCAUCAAAAGGAGUUGCUUGCUGAAAAGGUCUAGUGGAGGGGAGGGGGGGAGAUUGUUCCGGAACUGAAAUAAUAAUAGAUAAUGGGUAAAACGCACAGGGGUAAGUAAGUAAGGAAAGAAUAAAAGAAUUAAUUGGACAAUUACUAAAUCGAAAUAACACAAGAAGAUGGAAGAAAUAAAAUUCUGAGAUCACACACUGGCAAGGGGGGUUUGUGGGAAUUUAUAAUAUUUAGAAUCUAAAUUUUCUAACUGCAUUGUAUUUAUAUCUAGUAGAGAAGUCUAGAGUAAUGAUGCAUAUUUUAAUUUCAAUGUAGGCAAUUUAGGUAAUGGACCUGUGUUAGAAAAUGAAUUUGAUGUCUGUAUUUUUGAAAAAAAUAUAAAAUAAAAUAAAAAUAAGAGGAAACCUUCCCAACCUAGCUGCACACACACACA